GGAUAAAUUGCUCCAAGAUCAUGCGAUGGAAGAUAAAUUGAUCUCCCUUGCCAAAAGAAAAGGCUGGAAACGGUGUCCCUCUUGCCGUAGACUGGUGGAAAAGGUUACUGGUUGCGAUCACAUUUCGUGCCGGUGCGGACAGCACUUCUGCUACAAAUGUGGAGAACCAUAUUCUCUUUCAUAUGGACAUCAUUGUCCCGGGCCUAGACAACCACAACAGCAACAGCAUUAAGAGCGAGUGUGGCGAGAGCAAGUUGAUUACACUCCGUUAAUUUAGAAUACAACCAGUCGACAG